AUGGCCACCCACUUAUCCAAUUUUCUUGCGCUCUCUUCCUCUCACUCAUCAUCACCCCUCUUCUCCCCGCCCCCGCCACCACCACUCUCCUCCCCCAAACCCCAAACCCUAACCCUAACCCUAGCUCUCUCCUCCCUUUCCCCUUCACCCCCUCCUCCUCUCUUUCCGUCCCCUCUCUCCAUCAAUGGCGACCAUCGCGACCCUCCCCUCCCCCCUCCCCCUCUCCGCCUCCUCCGCCUCGCGGUCCGCCGCCGCGACCUCCCCGUCGCCAAGGUCGGCGAAAAUGGCGACACCCGCCUCGCCAACGCCCUCAUCUUCGCCUACCUCAACCUCGGCCGCCUCGCCGACGCACGCAAAGUGUUCGACGCUCUGCCGUGCCCCGACGUGGCCUCCUUCUCCUCCAUGGUCUCCGCGUACGCAAAGUGCGGAGUCGAGACGGAGGCGGUGGCCCUUUUUGGUCGAAUGAGGCAGAUCGGUAUCUGCCCGAAUGAGUUUAGCUUCGUCGCUCUGUUGACCGAUUGCAUCCGGCAAUCGAACGCCGAAUUGGGCUCUCAAGUUCACGCCAUGGCCAUCAAAUCCCACCAUUGUUGUAGCCUCCAUGUCUCCAAUGCGCUCAUGGGAAUGUACGUGAGGUGCGGUCGCUUCGACGCUGCUGUGCAACUGUUUGAUGAAAUGCUCGAGAGAGACGCGUCAUCGUGGAAUGCGAUUUUAUUGGCCAUGGUCAAGGAGAGUAGAUAUAGUGAGGCGUUUGAGCUAUUCCAUGAUAUGCAAAUGAGUGGGAUUCUCGGGGAUCGGUUCUCGCUAUCGACCCUUUUAACGGCCGCUGUUGAGGGCCUUGCCCGGGCCGAAGGGGAAGCAAUCCAUGCCUAUGCUCUUAAAUCAGGAUUAGAGUUGGAUUUAAGUGUCGGAAACGCUCUCAUGGGUUUCUAUACUAAUUUUGGCUCUAUAGACAAUGUGGUUAGUGUUUUCGAGAGAAUGCCGGUGAGGGACGUGAUAUCGUGGACUUCAAUGCUUAGGGGAUUCAUGGAAUUCGGCUUAGUGGUUCCGGCUAUGAAGGUGUUCGAAGAAAUGCCCGAGAGGAAUAAUAUUUCGUACAAUGCUCUAUUAACCGGAUUGUGCAAUAAUAACCAAGGCUCUCGAUGUCUAGAGUUAUUUACGCGAAUGCUAGAGGAUGGUGUAGGGAUCUCGGAUUUUACUUUAACAAGUGUUGUCAAUGCUUGUGCCAUAGUCUCCGAUCCCAGGAAGAGUGAGCAGAUCCAUGCAUUUGUGAUCAAGAGCGGUAGCAAAUCGAGCGCGUGGAUUGACACGGCAUUAGUAGAUAUGUAUGCCAAAUGCGAUCGGAUUAAAGAUGCCCAAAAAGUUUUCGGCAAUUGGGUCCAUCAAGAAGGCUUUGUUAUAGCAUGGACUUCUCUUCUUUCCUCAUAUGCACGAAAUGGGCAACCCGAAGAGGCACUGUCUCAUUUCUCUGCGAUGUUAAAAGAGAACGAAAUCAUGUUUAUCGAUGAAUUCAUGUUGGCCACCAUACUUGGAGUAUCUGGCGAUUUAGGUUUUAUCGAGUUGGGAAAGCAAAUGCAUUGUUUCGCAGUUAAAUCUAGGGCUUCCUCCGAUCUGACAGCUGGGAACGCCAUCUUUACUAUGUAUGCCAAGUGUGGGGAAUUAGAUGAUGCAGUUAAUUUGUUCGAUCAAAUGCCUCACCAUGAUUUAGUAUCUUGGAAUGCGUUGAUCACUGCCCAUCUUCUCCAUCGCCAAGGGGAUAGGGUUUUGGCGCUUUGGGCUCGCAUGAAAGAAUCGAGGAUCGAGCCCGAUUCAAUUACCUUCGUAGUAAUCAUAUCCGCCUGCAGAUAUACAAGCUCAGACUCGGUAAGCACUUGCCAGCAGUUGCUUCUCUCAAUGGAGAGCUCAUACAAUCUAUGGCCCUCUUCGGAACAUUACGCAGCAAUGAUCGACGUUCUCGGCUUUUGGAAUCAAUUCGAUCAAGUAGAAGAGCUAUUAAAGAGCAUUCCUUUUGAGCCCGAUGCCCUAAUCUGGCGAGCUUUACUCAACAAUUGCAGGUCAAACGCGACUUCGAGUCUACGAAAGCGAGCGAUGCAACAUCUACUCGCAUUAGAACCGCGUGAUCCCUCGAGUUAUAUACUCGCAUCGAAUCUUUACUCAGCUUCAGGGAGAUGGCAUUGCUCCGAAAAGCUAAGGCAGGAGAUGAGAGAAAAGGGGCUUCACAAACUCCCUUCGAGGAGCUGGACCGUCCAUGAAAAUGCGGUGCAUGUUUUCUACGGCAGAGAUCGAUCGCACCCGCAAUCGAAGGACAUCUAUGGCGGGUUGGAUGUGCUAAUUCUUGAAUGCAUGAAGAGAGGGUACGAGCCCGAUACAAGCUUUGUAUUGCAUGAGGUGGAGGAAUACCAGAAGAGGUAUUUCCUCUUCUACCAUAGCGCGAAACUAGCGGUUAUGUACGGGAUUCUAAUGACAGGCCCGCCGCGGGCUGUGGGGGUCGUGAAGAACGUACGGUUAUGCGGCGAUUGCCAUUCGUUUAUGAAGCAUGCUUCCUCUGUGACAGGAAGGGAGAUCUCUGUGAGAGAUGCUACUGGUUUUCACUUUUUCAGGGGUGGUGAAUGUUCUUGUAGAGACUGCUGGUGAGACUCAGCAGACAAAAGUGUUGGUUGAAUUGUUGAGCCCUUUUUGUAAAAAGAUAGGUAGAGAAGAGUGGUCCUUUUUGUACAACAAUAUGACUAACCUUUUUGUAAAACAGUUGCAUGAGUUAAGAAAAUUAGAUUGAGAUGGCAAGUAUUUGCAAGGAA